AUGUUUCAUUGGGUUCUAGUUUUCCUGUCAUUAUGUUGCUCUCAAGGAGCUGCUCAUUCAUCAUCUCCUUCUUCUGCUCAAACAGAGGCAGCAGCUCUUCUCACAUGGAAAUCCAAUCUUCUUAAUCCAAGCAACCCUCUGUUAAGUUCAUGGCAUCUUCAUCAACCAAUUACAAAUGGUUCAAGAACCCGAAGUCCUUGCAAUUGGUAUGGAGUUUCAUGCAUCAAUGGAAGUGUCCAUACUCUGAACCUCACUGAGUCAAAUAUUUCUGGUACACUUCACGGUUUCCCAUUUCUCUCCCUCCCUAACCUUGAGUAUCUUGAUUUUUCCAUGAAUGAACUUUCUGGCAGCAUCCCACCGCAGCUUGAUGAGAGUAUCUUUUGCGGGGAAUCAUUUGACCGGAUACCUGCCGGAGGUGAUACAAAUAUUGACAUCAUAAACCGCCGACUUCCAAUCCAAUCCAAUCCUGACAAUCAAGGCACUGGUGGCUCUUAUGACACCAGGUAUAAAGCUGGCGGCUCUUAUGACAGAUUUUCAGAACUGUGGGGUCUGUAUCACGGUCUAAAGCUUGCGUGGAAUAAUGGUGAGAAGCAGAUCAUGGCGGAGAUGGACAGUAGAGCUGCAGUGCACAUAGUAGAAGCCAAUUGCUUGCCUGAUUGUUUAGCUGGAUUGAAGAAGCCGUCCUUUUGGGGAGUCCGUAGAUUACAGAAGCCACCGCUGGAAGUUCAGCCAUGGCUUUGA